UCUCGGCAUCUGGCUUAUUACAGUUAGAUGUAGACAAGCUAUUUGAUCAAGAGAAAAAAGGAUCGUAUUUUGUCAUAUAGACCAUCGUUUGCUAGAAUGCCUGGAUGACACGGGUUCAGGUUCGGUCCAACCUUGCAUCCAUAAUAAACUUGAUUCGGAUACAAUCCUUAUUGUCCUUAGGAUUAAUUAUAAAUUAUUUUCUGUAAUUAAUUAUGAUUAGCAUCUGUAGUAUUGUACGUACUGUAAUUUUUGGACAGUACGUAGAAAUUUCAUUUGUAGAAAUUUCACCCCGCCAAGUUUAACCUGGUGGAUUCGGUGGACAGGAACACCGUCGGUGUUCCGACCGACGGCGGGGUGGUGUGGUCAUCAGAUUCCCUUUUCAUUCGAACAAUUUUUUUCAUCGAUCAAAUUAAUAACGUGAAAAGAAUUAAAAUUAAAUAUUUUAUUUUGAUAAAUAUAGGGAUCCAUAAAUAAGGGAUCGGAAGCUAAUCAUAGCUGCUAAGUAAUUCUUAAUAUGUAAUCAGCCCCCGUCCUUAUGAGGCCGCCACACACACUACUGCGUCCCUCGAUCAAACGCCUUAACGAAGUGUUUUCGAUCAUUCCGUCUCUACACCGGAGUGGCGGAGAUAGCAGCAACCCACUAGAGGCGGGAGAUGGCGGCGGGCGCGGCCUCUUCAAGGUCAACGGCGUCCCAAUCGAGUUGGGUGAAGCCUGAGGUCCUCCGCGUUAAGGCCUUCGAGCCCGUCCGUCCUCCUCCUCGGCCGGCAGCGCUUCAUGGGCGUCGAUCUCCGCAUCCGCGUCCGGGGCGGCGGCAAGACCUCCCAGAUAUAUGCCAUUCGCCAGAGCAUCGCCAAGGCCCUCGUUGCCUUCCACCACAAGUACGUCGACGAGCAGUCCAAGAAGGAGAUCAAGGACAUCCUCGUCCGCUACGACCGCACCCUACUGGUCGCCGAUCCGCGACGCUGCGUUGUUGUCGGUUAUCAGAGAGUGCCUGUUGAAGAUUUGUCAUGGGCUUAAGAAUGUCUUCAAGAACAGCCACGGAUCUUGUUUUGCUAAGAAAUGGGUAAAAAACAGAGAGGUUUGGAGAGAACGGAUGAACUUUAAGCAACAUUUCAGACAAGGGUUUCUGCUUGCGGAGAUGACCGGUUCAAGCGGGCGGGUUAACCCGAGUCCGAGAUGGAUCAGGUUUAUCCCGAUCCGAUACCAGCAGUGGGAUCCGCUAGCCCUGCAGGCCACGUGGGGGGAGAGCAGCCCCCCGCCAGCUGUCCGUCACGUGGGAGCGCCGAGGUCUGCGGGCUCCGUUUUCCUGUGGGGCCCACUGGGCUCAGUCCGACCCGAGACCAGGUGGACAGAGGAUAAUGGCAAAGUUGUGAUUGGCCACACUGCUCGUCUACCGUGCCAUUUCUCUCCGUCUUCCACCUGCACGUAAAUAGUCGACCCAAAGAAGCUUUGUUUCUGGUUACUGCCACUGUCAUCUGCGCCAUCGGAUUCCAACACACCACCACUUUUGAUCACCAUAUAAUUCCCCUCUUUGGGGUAUUUCUUCGAACAGUAUACGGAAGACACCAAACCGAGCAUUGCAGUCUUUGUUAGGUGAUGGUGGUGGUGGUGGUUGGAGUAAGCCGGAAGCAAUACGCUCAUAAGCAAGAUCACGAGGAAGAUUAAGAUCCAAUCCAUCAAAUCUCUUUGUCAAUUUAGAUACAUAUGACCUAAAUAUUAGCUGAAGAUGACAUUUCUUUUCCUUUGUCCUAAAUAAGUACAGUUUUUUUGCCUUUAUGACAUCUUAAUUCAACAAUUAUUGUUAUUAUUAUCAUUGGAAAGUUGGGCUUUGGCGCGGCGUCCCUUUCUUAAACCCCCUCUGUGUAUCUUCGCUUCGAUCGGGAUUUGGCGAGUCGAUCGAGCUCCAUUGCGACCCGGAAGAGCUCCCAAUCGUGGAUUCCCGGAAGAACCCUAGCGCCAUUUUGCUUUCCGCCGCCUAUCGAGCCUUGCCAGCGACGUCUCCUCCGUCCCCGCUUGCCCUCGCUUGGUCUGCAAGCCCCAGAUCCGGAGUUAGUGCGGGCGCGUGUGUCAGUUCUUGUGGUCAUUCUUGAAAGCCAGUUGGAUCGGCGUGAGGAAUCUGGAGCAGCUGGGGCCUUUCGGGCAAGAUGAUCGGGUUUUGACGUCAGGACUGGCGUUGCCUCUGUUGCGUGCGUUAAUCGUCUUGUGGGAGGCAAUUGGAGAGGAAAGGUGAUGUUUUAGCUGAUAACUAGCUGAUUCGGGAACAAUGUCGAGGAUUCCCAAGUGGAAAAUCGAAAAGACAAAAGUGAAAGUUGUUUUCCGCCUUCAGUUUCAUGCAACACAUAUUCCACAAGGAUGGGACAAGUUAUUUGUGUCCUUUAUCCCCAUUGACACAGGCAAAGCAACUGCAAAGACAAACAAAAUGAAUGUUAGGAAUGGGAACUGCAAGUGGCCAGAUCCAAUCUAUGAAACUACAAGACUUCUCCAAGAUACAAGGACCAAAAUAUAUGAUGAGAAGCACUAUAAGCUUGUGGUAGCAAUGGGGUCUUCCAGAUCAAGCUUACUUGGGGAUGUUACUAUCAACCUUGCUGGUUUUGCUGAUGCUCUGAAGCCUUCAUCUAUCUCAUUGCCUCUUGCUAAUUGUGAUUUUAGCACAACUUUACAUGUCACAGUGCAGCUUCUUACGUCCAAAACUGGCUUCAGAGAAUUUGAGCAGCAAAGGGAACUGAGUGUAAAGGGUGUCCAGACGAUAUCCAGCCACAAAAAUGAUCCCACUGAAGUUGAAGCUGAAGCUGCUUCAUCAGAGAUAGCUAAUGAACUUGAAGAGGCAAAUGCAAGAGUCAGGUACAAGGAAGAUCAUAUGGGGCUUCUUUUGCUUGAACAAGUGGAAGAGUCAAAUGAAGAAUAUGAAGACUCUACUGGUGGAGCUGAUGGCUCAUCAUUUACCUCUGAAAUUUUACAUGCUGAAAAGAAUGAUCUUCCAAUAAUUCAUGGAAAGGAUAACUUCAAAAGUAUGGUAUGUGGUGAUCUACCCAUCAGUCAGAUUCCUAUACAUGCAAAAGAAGACCCAAAUGGCAGUCAGCGUUUUACCCAGGGGAGGAAUGAUUGGACACAUGGAUGGAGCUCAAAGUAUUCUGUUGAGAAUGAUCUUGCUACAGCUUAUGAAGAGAACAAUAGACUCAGAGUAAGAUUGGAGGUAGCAGAGUCAGCAUUUUUACAGCUUAAGUUGGAAGCAAAGUCAUUGCAGCGAAUUACAGAUGAAUUAGGGGCAGAAACUCAAUGCUUGUCCGAGCAGCUACUCUCUGAACUUGCCUCAGGAGAACAACUGAAUAGAGAAGUAUCCAUGUUAAAAUCUGAGUGUUCAAAGUUAAAAGAUGAUCUUGAAGCCCUAAAAUCUGCUAAUGUUAUGCAGAGAAGUCCUGACCAGAGAACUCAUAAUCCUUUGAUGUUGAACCAUGGCUUGGAAAAUGAUUCAGUUGAUAGUAAGCAUCAGGAUGAUGUUAUUGCUGCAGAGACCCACUAUAUGUACCAUGAUUUGCGGGAAAAAUGGCUCGAGAAUCUUCUGCUUAUUGAGAGCAGAGUCCGAGAAAUUCAAAAUAAGGCUCGCGUUAGAUACCAUGGAAGUGAUUUUGAUUUUCUGGGCCCUGAUUUUGAGCUUCUCGGAUGUCUUAUUGGUGACCUCAAGGAAGAUAUUAUCCAAGUAAAGGGCCUUGGAAGAUCUUACAGGGAUAAUAGUUUUUUAGAAAACACAGUUUAUCGCAUGAGUGAUUCUCACAAAGUAUAUCAUGAACAUGACACUCUUAAGAAAAGUCUUGAAGCUUCAAGCUUGAGGGAGGACAAAAUGUUUGAUCUCUUACCAAAACUAGAGGAGUUGACAACUGAAAAAGAAAGUCUCACCAAAAAGAUCGACCAGAUGCAAUACUACUACGAGUCUUUGAUACUGGAACUGGAGGAAAGCCAGAAGCAAACAGUAAAGGAACUGGAAAAUCUUAGAAAUGAACACUCCUCUUGUCUCUAUUCAGUAUCUGUUCUCAAAAGCCAGAUAGAAAAAAUGCACCAAGAGAUGAAUGAACAGUUUAUAACUUUUGCUGAAGAUAGGAGCAGCUUAGAAUCUCAAAAUAAGGAACUUGAGAAAAGGGCUAUUGCAUCAGAAACUGCAUUAAAAAGGGUUCGCUGGAACUAUUCCAUAGCAGUUGAUCGAUUACAGAAGGACCUUGAAUUACUCUCUUUCCAAGUUUUGUCUAUGUAUGAGACAAAUGAAAAUCUUGCAAAGCAAGCAUUUGCAGAUGCUUAUCAGCAGUGCCAUGAAGAAUGUCCAGAAGAAGUCAGGUCAUAUACUGAUAAGGAUGGGAUGUUGACUUUGUUUGACCGGGAGCAGUACCAGUCAGACCUUACGAGGAUUCAGACAGAAGAUAGACACUAUGGAACUAUUCACAAAUGGUCUCCAUUGGAUAAUGGUAUAUCGACAUCUGUUUCUUGCAAAACAAGUGGUGCAAUCUCUAAGGUGGGUAUACCCAUUCAUGUAGAGCUGCAAGCUGGGGAUGAGGCAGAUAUAGAAGGGUUUAAUUCAGAUGAGACUGAGCAGCUGGCUUUACACCAUACUCAGGUAAAGGACAAACUUACUGCUGACUUAUCCUCAGGGAUGCAUGAAGCUGAACUUUCGGAAAUACAUAUGCUAAACAUGGAUUUGAAAGUUUUCUUAGAGGUUUUACUGGGGACAUUGUAUGAUGUAGAUGAUGGGGUUCGGCUUACGAAGGACAAAAUGCUUGAAAUUACACAGCAACUACAUCACACUACAGAGCAAAAAGAAAGCCUCAUGCUUAAGUUGCAUAAAGCAUUGGAUGAUGCUGGGGUUUUGAAGGAUGAUAGAACUAAAUGCAUCUCUAGAUGUGAAGAUUUAGAACUGAAGAACCAAGUUCUAGAAGCAAAGCUCGAAGACAUCUCCUAUGAAAGUACUAUCCUUAGUGGAAAGGUCACAGAAUAUGAGAGGAUGCUUGUGAAAUCCAAAGUUUAUGAAAAAGAAUAUAAGGCUUGCACUGAAGAAAUGGACAGUGUCAAAAAUCUUCUAAAAUUGGAAAUCCUACAAAAAAAUUGUCUCGAGAUUGAAAAGAGCUCAAUAAUUGAAGAAUUUAAAGCAUUGAAGGAACAAUUUGACAGGAAAUCUUCUGAAAAUGAGGAAAUGCAGACUUGUAUUGCUUGUCUUCAAGAGAAGUUGGGGUAUCUUCACACUUGUAUGAGUUCCUGCAAUGAGCAAAUAGGUUGUUCUGCUCUGGAUGGCAUAUCUGUAUUACAGGAAUUGGAUGAUGGAAACUAUAUGCCUGUUAUUAUGAAUCUGGAACAGUUCCAGCAAGAAGCAACAAAGAAAAUACUUCACUUACUUAAAAAGAACAGGGAUAUUGAGGAACAAAGAGAUAUUGCUCAGUGCUUACAAAAAAAGACAGAAUUAGAAUAUAUUAAUAUGAAGCAGAAACUUGAAUCUGACUUACAUGAGAUUACUGAAAAGCUAGAAAUGUCCAAUGCAUUAGUUGAGAAGCUUCAAGUGGAACUGCAAAAUGCUUUGGAGAAGCUUAAACUCAGUUCAGAAGCUGAAGAGAAGAAGAAAUUGAAAAAUAGUGAAUUGUCUUCAAAACUCACAUUUUUAGAAACUGAACUGCAGGAAGCUAUUGACGAGAACAAGGAUCUAGUUAAUCAGUUAUUUGUACUUUCGGGUGUUAAGGAGGAACUUGAGAAAACUCAAAUCAGUCUUAUGAAUUGCAUGCAAGAGAAGAAGUCUUUGUUGAUAUCUAUAGAGUCUGGAAAUGAGGUUUCCACCCAAAUGGGGAAUGAGCUCCACGGUCUAAAAGAAAAUUUGUGUUGCGCCCAUAGAGAUUUGCAGAUAGAAAAAAAAUUGAGAGACGAACUUGAUGCUGCAGUUUCAAGCCUUUCAACACAACUGAAAGAAAGAGAUAGGGAGUUGUUUUCUUUUCAUGAACAAAAAACUGAAGUUUCUCAUUUGCAGGAAAUCAUUGUGGAUUUAGAAAAAGCAAACACUGGAUUUCAGCAUGUUGUGUUGAAGAAUGAAGAAAGUCAAAUAAGACUGAACCAUGAGAAUUUAUCCCUACGCAUGCAAGUCAUGGAUAUGGGAAAUCAAUUGGCAUCAGUUCUUGAGAAUUCAAUAGCUGCUGAGAUCAAACUUACUUAUAUGAGAAGUCAUUUCUGUGACAUUGUGCAGGAGUCAUUUGCACAACUUAAGAUACUAGAGAAAGAGCUCGAGGAGAUGAACUUAAAACAUGGAAAUGUUGUUACAUUGCUGAACACUCACUAUUGCAGUGAAGCACAAUUAAUUGAGGAAAAUGCAAGAUUAUCAGUAGCUCUUCAAUCAUUACAAUCUGAAUAUGACAUUGUUUUUCAGGAGAAAGAAGACAUCAUUGAUUACACAAACAAAAAAAAUGCAUUAUGCACAGAGUAUGAAGAUAUGAAGGUUAGAGAAGCUGACAGUAAACUUCAAAAACAGAAGUAUGAAAAUGAGAUUUGUCAGCUGAAAAACAUGCUGAUCAGUUUUGAAGAAGAGGUGUGGAACUUAAGGUCAUCUAAGGAUGCAUUAGAGGUCACAUAUAUAGUUCUCCAGUCCACAUUGAAUGAACAACAAACAAAAGUAUCAUUGCUUGAGGAACGUGAUCAGGAGUUGAAGAUCUUACAAGAGCACCACAAUGAGCUUCGAUAUAAACUCUCAGAACAGAUUUUGAAGACAGAAGAAUAUAAGAACCUUUCCAUUCAUCUAAGAGAACUCAAGGAUAAAGCAGAAGUUGAGUGUCUUCAAGCUCGUGAAAAGAAGGAGAAUGAGAGAUCAUCCCAGGACUCCCUGAGAAUUGCUUUCAUCAAAGAGCAACAUGAGUCCAAGAUCCAAGAGCUGAAAAAUCAGCUAUAUGUCUCCAAGAAGUAUGCAGAAGAAAUGUUAUUUAAAUUGCAGAAUGCUCUUGAUGAAGUUGAGAGCAGAAAGAAAACUGAGGUUUCUCUGGCAAAAAAAAUUGAAGAGUUGUCGGCAAAAAUCUCAAAUUUGGAGUCUGAGCUGGAGACAGUUAUGACUGAUAGAAGAGAACUAGCCAAAGCUUAUGAUAGAAUAAAGAAUGAGUUGGAGUGCACUAUAUUGGGCCUUGACUAUUGCAAUGAAGCAAAGCUAAAGCUCGAAGAUUCCUUGAAGGAAUGCAAUGAAGAAAGAACGAAAGCUAGAAUAGAACUCGACUUAGUCAAGAGGCUGUUUGAUAAUAUGGCUUCACAUGAAGCCCUAAAUUCAGAAGGUAAUCAUGACUCUGGUUUUCUAACAACAACUUCCAUUGAGCAAAUGUUGCAAGAUAGCAGCUUUGGGUUUUCAACUAUCUUCCAAGAGAUGCCAAAUGACAGAGGUACUAGUUUGGGAAUAGAUGCGCCAGCUGGAGUUGUUGACAAUUCUUUGAAGAAUAUAGAUGUUGAUCUCUUGAAAACAGGGGGCAAGCUAAGCUCUUGUGAAGAUCUUGAAGAUGUUAUGUCAACUUCUGCCAAUGAGAGCUCACUUUCAUGUCCAGUACCAAGCUCACAAGCUUUUAAGGAUAUUGAAGGUGCACUUGAACGAGCCACCUCAUUUGCAGAUAAUACAACAGAUGUCACUGUUAUUGAAGCUAACUUAAAAGAGCAGCAGAGAUUGAAGUCAGGCAUGGACAUGCUACAAAAAGAGUUGCUGAAACUAAGAAAUGAAAAUUUGUCAUCACUGAUUCCAUUAGAAGAUCAUCAGGGUGUACCAUCCCUUCGGGGUUUAGAAAGAGAUUUGUCACAACUUGAUAUGGCAAAUGAGCAACUGAGAAGCAUUUUCCCUUUGUUCAAUGAACUUCCUGGAAGUGGCAAUGCAUUGGAAAGAGUACUUGCACUGGAACUUGAACUUGCAGAAGCAUUGCAGACAAAGAAGAAAGCCGAUCUUCAUUUCCAGAGCUCGUUCCUGAAACAACAUAAUGAUGAAGAAGCAGUGUUCCAGAGCUUCAGGGACAUUAAUGAAUUGAUAAAAGAGAUGCUCGAGUUGAAGAGCAGGAAUGCUGCCACCGAGACCGAGCUCAAAGAGAUGCAGGGUCGAUACUCUCUGCUCAGUCUGCAGUUUGCGGAGGUAGAGGGAGAGAGACAAAAGCUAUUAAUGACAGCCAAAAGCAGAGUGCCUAAGAGCUCAUAGUCCGCGUCACAUGUCGCCGUGAUGGUGUCGUGUCAAUGGUGGCGUAGGAUCCACAAUCAGAGGUUAUUGCCAAUUUUAGGCGAGGGAAAUGCCUUCAACAGCACAUACUCUGCAUAUUCACAGGGAGGUUAGCAGAGUGGUGACAGAGCAGGUCAACGAUAACAUGCGAAGAUGCUUACGCUUGUGAUUGAGCAUUCAAGGGAAAUGGUCGUGAUGGGUGUCUGUAAAUAGAUGCUCUGUAUCUUAAUGCAGCAUGUAUUAAAUGUGUGUUCCAUGUAAAUCGUCAUGUUUAAUAUCAGAUAUACACAUUCUUCAUCAAUCUCGGAACCAAAUUAAUGUCCCCGAGA